UUGGAGACCUCCCACCUCAGCCGUCCGAUCCCCGAACUCCCUCGGCGGCUUACACGGGUUACACCUCCAAGUACCAAUUCAAAUAGCUUAUAAAUAAAUUUAGAGAAAUACACGCGCAAAAAUCCAGCGCCCUUCUCUCACCUCCGGCUCGCGAUUAGAGGAUCCUGUCGGACUCCACGGAGAAAUAUAGAUCGACAUUUCAAACGCUCGCUAGAAGGAAGAGGUGGAGGAGCCCAUCGCAACAGCUGCUGCUCCCGUUAAAGCUACAUCCUUUGGCCACCACACUUGUCGCCCAAGCAAAGAGAUCCCUCGAGAUCACAGCCACUGCUCGCAACCAAUGGCUGAAGACUCCGAGCCCAUCGUCGACACUGACUCUGCCAACCACUGGCUGUCCCGAGCCCGGCAGCUCGUCCCCACCGCCCUUGACAAGUCCCGGGCCGCCACAGGCUUCCCCGGGCGCUGGAAGGCCAUUGUUUCCAAGCUGGAGCGCGUCCCUCCGUGCCUUUCCGACCUCUCCAGCCACCAUUGCUUCGCCAAGAACGCGCUCUGUACAGAACUCCUCCAGUCAGUGACAAAUGCCCUCGCAGAUGCCCUCGAACUCGCCAACCGCUCGUCGGAGCAGCCCUGCAUUGGCAAGCUCCAAAUGCAGAGCGACCUCGAUGCGCUCUCUGGCAAGCUUGACCUCGCCUUACGUGACUGUUCCCUUAUGAUCAAGACGGGCGUUCUUGGUGACGCCGCCCUGCCUCCGGUGGCUGCCCGCAGCCACGAACCAUUGGCCCCAGCACAGUCCAAUGUGUGUGAAUUGCUCGCCCGCCUGCAGAUCAGCCAUGUCGAGGCCAAGCACCGCGCGGUCGAUGGCCUGCUCGAGUUGAUGAGGGAGGAUGAGCAGAUCGUGCUUUCUGUGCUUGACCGGAGCAACAUAGCUGCCCUUGUACAAUUGCUCACUGCAACGGCUCCUAAAGUCAGAGAGAAGACAGCAACGGUGAUUUGUUUGCUCGUAGAGUCUGGGAGGUGUGAGAAGUUGCUAGUAUCUGAAGGUGUGCUCCCGCCGCUGAUAAGGAUGGCAGAGUCCGGGAGCCCGGUGGGCCGAGAGAAGGCCGUGGUGUCGCUCCAGAGGCUGUCCAUGUCCGCUGACACCGCCCGCUCGAUCGUCGGUCACGGCGGCGUUCGCCCACUGAUCGAGAUCUGCCAGACAGGAGACUCCAUUUGCCAGUCGGCAGCUGCGGGCGCUUUGAAGAAUCUCACCGCCGUGCCCGAAGUGAGGCAGACAUUGGCUGAGGGGGGGAUUAUCAGAGUCAUGAUCGAUCUCCUGGACCGUGGAAUUGUCUUGGGCACCAAAGAGUACGCCGCCCAGUGCUUACAGAAUCUGACAGCCAGCAAUGAGAGUUUGAGGAGGUCGGUCAUUUUGGAGGGAGGGCCGCGGAGCCUCUUGGCCUACCUCGACGGGCCAUUGCCGCAGGAGUCUGCCGCCGGCGCACUGAGGAAUCUCGUAAGCUUGAUCUCGGCUGAUGCUCUCCUGUCGCUUGGCCUCCUUCCUCGACUGGUACACGUGCUGAAGGAUGGAUCUUUAGGCGCGAAACAGGCGGCAGCAUCAACCAUUUGCAGGAUAUCCAGUUCGUCUGAGAUGAAGAAAUUGAUUGGAGAAUUUGGUUGUGCGCCUUUGCUUGUCAGGAUGCUCGAGACAAAGUCGAACAGCGCAAGGGAGGUGGCAGCCCAGGCCAUUGCGAGCUUGAUAAGCUGCCCUCAGAACAGCAGGGAGGUCAAGAAGGAUGAGAAGAGCGUGCCGAGCCUGGUUCAGUUGCUUGAUCCCAGCCCUCAAAACACGGCGAGGAAGUACGCUAUAUCUUGCCUGUUAUCUCUAUCAUCGAGUAAGAGAUGCAAGAAGUUGAUGAUUUCUUAUGGUGCUGUUGGGUACCUUAAGAAGCUCAACGGAAUGGAUGUGGCUGGUGCAAAAAAGCUGCUUGAGCGAUUACAGAGAGGGAAAUUGAGGAGCUUGUUCAGUAGGAAAUAGAUUGUACUGCUUUUCCCCUUGGUGCAAUGUUCUGCUUCUAUCCUCCUGUUUCACUGUCUCUAUGAAACAGAGUGCUGAAGCUGGGAACUAAAAAUUGUAAUGCUUGCUCUUUAACUCGAGAUGUAAUAUAUACAUUAUUACCUUAAGCUUAGCUUUUCUAACUCAGAUCCAGUUGUUUCUAUGCUAA